UACUGUUUGCCAAGAGAGAGGUAGCGUAGAAGGUUUAAGAAUAAGGUCAGAGAGAGAGAGAGUAAAGGAAAAGGAUUAUACAGAUUGGUAUUAUUUGGCUUCAUUUCACUUGCUUUUGCUCUGAAGGGAGUAUUUCAUUUUCUGGUGAAGAUUGAAGAAAUCCCUUCUCUUUUUCUGUUUCAAUCUGCAACAGAAAAUUGAAGAUUGGCUCAAGAACUUGUUGAGUUCUUUGAAACUAUUACUGAUGAUUUUUUUUUUUUUUUGUGAAUUUCAGUUCUGAUUCUUGUUGGAGUUUCGUCUCUUUAAUGCUUUUUCCUGCAUAAAUUGAAGGAUCUGGAUUCUGUUUUUAGGUUUUGACUCUGAUUUUUUUCUUUGUGGGACUCGCCUUUGUGUUUCUGGUCUCUGUCUUGACUUUUCCAUAGAGAAUGUCAAUUUCGAGUUCAUUUUCUAACAUUCGAUGGGAACUAUUUGUGUUCGAUGGUUUUAGUUGAAUUCCUCCGUGUUGGGGUUUUGCAUCUGUAGUCGAAUUGUUCUGAAAUCCCUUCCAUUUCUGGUAUUUUUGAAGUGGGGUUUCUCUGAUCUGUUUCAAGAUCCCUUCUGAUUGCCUUUUGGGGGUCUAGGGUUCCAAACUGAAUAAUUCUUUUUCCAAUUCUUUUUUUGAAUUUGAUGGGCUAGAAACCCUCCUUUGUUGUUAUUCUUGUCACAAACUUUUGCUUGUUGAUCUCUCUUGAGUUUUCUUUUGAAAACGAGCUUAAAUGCAUCUUUCACUAUGGAAAAAUCUGUCUCAUUGCGCUGCUGCUCUAUUAAUGGACAAGAAGGGCCGAAGAAGAGAUGGGUCUGCCACUGGACAUGAUUCCAAGAAAAACUCGUCAAUUCUUCGAAAAUUGCAAGAGAAUAAGCUCAGGGAAGCUCUUGAAGAAGCAUCUGAAAAUGGGUCUCUCUUCAAAUCGCAAGAUAUUGAUGAAUCCGAAUCGCUCGGCGACCAGGAUGACGGCGGCGGCUUGGGCCGGUCGCGUUCGCUCGCUAGACUCCAUGCGCAGCGGGAAUUCCUACGCGCCACCGCCCUCGCCGCUGAGCGAACUUUCGAGUCCGAAGACGCCAUUCCUGACCUCCAUGAAUCUUUCUCCAAGUUCCUCACUAUGUACCCCAAUUACCAGUCCUCUGAGAAGAUCGAUCAGCUGAGGUCCAACGAGUACUCGCAUCUCUCUUCAAAGGUAUGCCUCGAUUACUGUGGCUUCGGACUUUUUUCUUACGUUCAAACACUUCACUAUUGGGAGUCCUCCACAUUUAGCUUGUCUGAGAUUACUGCAAAUCUGAGCAACCAUGCUCUUUAUGGAGGUGCUGAAAAGGGGACUGUUGAACAUGAUAUAAAGCUUAAGAUUAUGGACUAUUUGAACAUUCCUGAGCAUGAGUAUGGGCUUGUGUUUACUGUGAGUAGAGGGUCGGCUUUUAAAUUGCUUGCUGAUUCAUAUCCUUUUCAUACCAACAAAAAAUUGUUGACCAUGUUUGAUUAUGAGAGCCAAUCCGUGAGUUGGAUGGGUCAGUGUGCCAGAGAGAAAGGUGCAAAAGUGUAUAGCGCCUGGUUCAAAUGGCCAUCCCUGAAACUCUGCUCCACUGAUUUGAGAAAACAGAUUUCAAAUAAGAGGAGAAAGAAGAAGGACUGUGCUACUGGUCUUUUUGUGUUUCCAGUUCAAUCUAGAGUGACAGGGGCAAAGUAUUCAUACCAGUGGAUGGCUCUAGCACAACAGAACAACUGGCACGUGCUUCUUGAUGCUGGAUCUUUAGGUCCUAAAGACAUGGAUUCCCUUGGACUGUCCCUUUUCCGGCCGGAUUUCAUUGUUACAUCAUUCUAUAGAGUUUUUGGAUUUGAUCCAACCGGUUUUGGAUGUCUACUAAUCAAGAAAUCAGUAAUGGCAAGUUUACAGAAUCAUUCUGGGAGUACAGGAUCAGGAAUGGUGAAGAUAACUCCUGAAUAUCCUUUAUACCUGAGUGAUUCAGCUGAUGGUCUUGAUGGAUUCGCUGGGAUUGAAGGUGAUGGAGACUCUGAGAAUGUUGAUAAAGCCUCUGAAACACGUCAAAAAUCUCAGCUGCCCGCUUUCUCGGGUGCGUUCACAUCUUCUCAGGUCAGAGAGGUAUUUGAAACUGAGAUGGAUAGUUCUGAGAGAGAUGGUACGAGCACUAUAUUUGAGGAAUCAGAGAGCAUCUCUGUUGGAGAGGUGAUGAAGAGCCCAGUAUUCAGUGAAGACGAGUCAUCUGAUAAUUCAUUGUGGAUUGAUUUAGGCCAUAGUCCACUUGGGUCUGACAAUGCUGGCUUCAGCAAACAUGAAAUUGCCUCCCCAUUGCCCCCAUACUGGUUUGCAUAUCGAAAAAAUAGGCGACAGUCACCCAAACCGACAUCGAAAAUAUACAGCAGCCCACUUUAUGAUGACAAAGAAGUAAAUUCAAGGCCAGGUGAUGAGAGAAAUAUGCUGUCAUUUGAUGCAGCUGUCAUGUCAGUUUCUCAAGAGCUUGAUCGCUACAAAGAGGUUGGUGGAGGUAAAGAUUCAGUAAUGAGCCCUGCCUCACGGAGUGGUAAAAAGAGUUUAGAGCAUACGAACCUGAUGGAGGUAGACAAAACUAGCAAGACACUAUCAAAUGGUAUGUCAGGUUGUGAUGUCAAGAGAUCUCAUCUUGGCAAUUCAACUUCUGGAUCCCAGCAGCAUAACUUAGAGAAUGGUUCAACCUCUGAGAUCUGCUCAGAGAUUAAGGAGAGUGCAAUAAGACGUGAAACUGAAGGUGAAUUUAGGUUGCUGGGAUGCCGAGGGAAUAGAUUUGCUGGUGGGAGGUUUUUUGGAGUAGAAGAAUCUGAAGUGCAGAACAAGGGAAGAAGAGUCUCUUUUGGCAUUGAUGACAAUGGUAAAGAGCACCAGAGCUGUAAUUUGGAGCCAGGUGAAACGUCGGUUACUAGCUUUGAUGAUGAUGAAGGUACCAGUGACGGUGAAUAUGGUGAUGGACAAGAUUGGGACAGGAGAGAACCUGAGAUUAUAUGCCGCCAUAUUGAUCAUAUUGAUUUGUUGGGUCUCAAUAAGACUACUCUCAGAUUAAGAUUUCUGAUCAAUUGGCUUGUGACGUCACUACUACAACUUAGGUUACCCGAUUCUGAUGGAAGCAGCAGAGGAAAUCUUGUUCAAAUUUAUGGUCCUAAAAUAAAAUACGAAAGGGGUGCUGCCGUAGCAUUCAAUGUGAGAGACAAAGUUAGGGGGCUAAUCAACCCAGAAAUUGUACAGAAGCUGGCUGAAAGAGAGGGUAUAUCUCUAGGAAUUGGUUUCCUUAGUCACAUACGUAUUGUUGACAAUCCAAGACAUCAUAAAGGUUUGAAUCUAGAAGACACCACCCUCUGCAGACCAAUGGAAAAUGGCAAGCUUGGUGGAAAGAGCGGGCUCAUGCGGGUUGAAGUCGUGACUGCUUCUCUGGGAUUUUUGACCAAUUUCGAAGAUGUCUACAGAUUAUGGGCUUUUGUAGCAAAGUUUCUUAAUCCAACCUUUAUCAAAGAGGGUGUUCUUCCUACAGUUGAAGAAGGUUCAGAAGUAUAAUACCUGAAGCAACAGCUAUUGACAGAGUAGGUACAGUUUCAAGAGCAUGUCAUUUGGACAAGGGGGGAGAGAGUAUCUGAAGGAGAUAACUCAACUCAAAGCAUCAAACAAAAAGGCAUCCCGAAAACGAUGGAAAGUGCAUUAUCUUCCCAUCCUUCUCGGAUGCUUUGAUCUUCACUUACAGCUCUCCAGCACAAGCAGAUGAAUUCUUAUUUUUACUUGGAUUGUUCUCUUUUUGAGUUAAUUUCUAGUCUGAGCUUCUGGAGAAAUUGUUUGAUCUCGAGCAGCCACGGCACCGUGAUCUUGCUGGUAUAUAGCUCCAGAUAAGCUCAAAUUCUUGAAUCUGUGUAAAAGAAGUUUAGCUUAGAAUUAUGCCUGCUGUAUUUAGCCGAUGCUCGGAAAGUUUUUUCAUUUUCCGUUUCGUUUUAUUUUCUGAGUUUGCUGCUAUUUUUCCGCUCUCAAUGGUAGUUAAUGUCAAUCUGAGCAAUGCAAAGACAUGUUACGGACUUUGAACAAA